CAGCUCGUAAGCCAACAAGUAACCGCCAUAGCCAAUCCCUCGCCUAAGUUACCUUUUGCCCAAGCACAAGCACCCCACACAACCCCUCUUUUACAAGCCUCUCUUGCUCGCAACACCUUUUCCGCCAAGCUCACUCCCUCAUGCGUGUGCCCCUACCAACGCUCCAAGCCACCGAGUGCGUGCCCUUCCAUCGCCAGCUUGCUUGCACGCCUCGAAGGCCGGUCCGCGUGUCCAGCCAACGCUAACACCAGGUGCCCAAGCCAACCGGUGCCGGUGUACCGCCUACAUCUACCGGCCAAUGCCCGCGCCCGAGCCAACCGGUGCCAACACCGGCCUGCGCCAACGCCAACACCAACUCCUAAGCCAACCAAGUGCCGGC